AUGUCAAUAAUCACAGAAUAUCUCAAAACUAGAGUGACUACACUUAUCCCAACAAGAGAAGAACUUCAAAAAGAGAAAGAAGCAUUGAAUCCAUUUCCUGCAUUAAAACAAAUGACAUGGAAACAAUGGCAAUUCUUUCUUGUUGGAUUUUUAGCUUGGACUUGGGAUGCUUUUGAUUUUUUUACUGUUUCAAUGAAUGUCUCUGCAAUUGCUGAUGAUUUAAAUAAGGAAGUUAGUGAUGUUACUUGGGGUAUUACAUUAGUUUUGAUGCUUAGAUCAGUUGGUGCUGUUAUAUUUGGUUAUUUAGGUGAUCGUUAUGGUAGAAAAUUCCCAUAUAUCUUGAAUAUGCUCUUGAUUGUUGUUUUACAAAUUAGUUGUGGAUUUGUUAAAACAUUUGAACAAUUUUUAGGUGUUAGAUCAUUAUUUGGAAUUGUUCUUGGUGGUUGUUUUGGUGUUGCUUCUGCUACUGCUUUAGAAGGUGCUCCAGUUCGUGCAAGAUCAGUUUUAUCUGGUGUUUUCCAACAAGGUUAUGCCCUUGGUUAUUUACUUGUGGUUGUUUUCAAUAGAGCUAUUACAGAUAAUUCACCACAUGGUUGGAGAGCUAUUUUUUGGUUUAGUUCAGGUCCACCAGUCUUAUUAAUUGCUUGGAGAUUAUGCUUACCAGAAACUGAUGAAUUUUUACAACAACAAUUACAUUUAAAAGAAUCAAAUAAAUCACAAUUCUUCAAAGAUGCUAAAAAGGCAUUAAAGGAACAUUGGAUUAAACUCUGUUAUAUGGUUAUCUUGAUGUCUGCUUUUAAUUUCUCUUCUCAUGGGUCCCAAGAUCUUUAUCCAACUUUAUUAACAAGACAAUUAGAAUUUGGUCAUGAUCGUUCUACUGUUACCAAUUCAGUUGCUAAUUUGGGUGCUCUAACAGGUGGUAUAAUCAUGGGUCAUUUUUCAGGGUUUAUUGGACGUCGUCUUAUCGUUGUUAUUGGUUGUAUCCUCGGUGGUGCAAUGAUUUAUCCAUGGGCAUUUGUUACAGGAAAUGGGAUUAAUGCUGGUGCAUUUUGGUUACAAUUCUUUGUCCAAGGAAAUUGGGCAAUUGUUCCUAUUCAUUUAGCUGAAUUAUCACCACCAGAAUUUAGAGCUUUUGUUACUGGUGUCUCGUAUCAAUUGGGUAAUUUAGCAUCAAGUGCAAGUUCCACAAUUGAAAGUACAAUUGGUGAACGAUUCCCAUUAUAUGAUGAAGCUGGGAAUCAAAGAGAUGGGGUGUAUGAUUAUGGGAAAGUUAUGGCUAUAUUUAUGGGUUGUGUUUUUGCAUUCUUGUUAGUUGUUAUGUUAUUUGGACCUGAAAAUAAGAAUGGUGAAAUUAAUUUUGUUAUGGAAGAUGAAGAAAUUAAAGAUUUAGCUGAAAAGGGUAAAAUUGUUAAACCUGAAAGAUCAGAAGUUCUUGAAGGUGAAUUUGUUUCUUCUAGUAAUGAAACUGAAUUAAAAGCUGUUAAAGCUCAUGUUGAACAUAAGGAAUAG